UUGGAUUGAAGGAGGAAGAAAACGAAGUCGCACGAUAAGAUUUUCGGAUAUCACAGUGUGCGGGCUCGCUAAAGCGAAAAGUUCCCCGCCAGCCGCAGAGUGGAGUUGGGGAAAAAGGUCGUCGACGAGCACGUUUUGAAGCGAAAUAAUCAGCAGGAGUGCACUAAAAAGCAUGGGAUUAUUUCAUAUUGAUUAUCUACCUCUACUAUCUCGUAUAAAUGCUCUUUCUCUUCCAUCUCAGCCCUUCAACCACAAUGAUUUCUUUUUCUAUAAGCACGUGACUCGCACUCAUCGUCGAGAACAACGGCCCGAUGAUAAUCCGGCCCAUGUCCCACUAUCCCGAAGCCUCGGCUUGAGAUCAGUGAUCCUUCUCCAGCAUCUCCAGCAACAGCUUACUUUUGACUUAUUUCGCCAUUCAUUUUCAUGUCUCAACAGGACUAUCCAACAGAAUUUGUAUUAGAGAGUAUAGAAGCCAUAAUGUCAACAUCUAAACAACCGAAAGUUCUACUUUUUGAUAUUGGAGGAGUUUGUGUCCUCUCCCCAAUGCAAGCCAUCCUCAACUACGAACUCUCCCACUCUAUACCACCAGGCUGGGUAAACCACAGCAUAUCCAAGACCUCUCCCCACGGAUUCUGGCACCGUCUUGAACGCGGCGAGCUCCCCAUGGACAGUAAAUUCUUCGCCGGCUUCUCAGAAGACCUACAUAAUCCCUCGAUAUGGAGGAAUUUCUACCUUGAGAAAGCACGGAAAGCAGAUCCCAGUUUACCAAAGGAAGUGCCCCCCGUACCAAAAGUCGAAGCGGAAUACCUCUUCUGGCAAAUGAUGGCCCAUAGCCGUGAUUUCGAUCCUUGGAUGUACCCAGCACUGCAAGCCCUCAAGAAAAGCGGGAAGUACAUCCUCGCAGCACUAAGCAACACGGUGAUCUUCCCCAGCGACCACCCGUACGCGAAUCCACCAGAAGAGAAAGAUAUCAGGAGGAUAUUUGACGUUUUUGUCUCGAGUGCUCAUGUCGGCCUCCGCAAACCCGACCCAGCAGUCUACGCCUACACCCUGAAAGAAAUCGAUUCCUACGCACGAUCUCACGCUUCCUCAGCACGUGGUAAAUCACUCGGCUGGGAAAAUGGCAUCCAACCUUCCGAUAUAGUGUUCUCCGAUGACAUCGGCGAGAACUUGAAAGCAGGUAAAGCGUUUGGCUUUCGUACUAUCAAAGUCCACCUUGGCCGUGCGUAUGAAGCUGUUGAUCAAUUGGAGGAGGUGACAGGUUUGAAGCUGGCGGGGAGUCAUCCGAGGGUACCGAUUACGCCUGUGAUUAGGAAGCCUGGGGCGAAGCUGUAGUAAGAUGUGGCUGGAGAGUGAGUGCGGUGUGUGAUGCGAGGGCAGACUCUGAGUCUAGUUGGGUAUGACUUGAUAUGUGAUUAAAUCGGAUGGAUUACGUGUAGGACUGGCUAUAGACAGACAUAUGGUGAGCAGUUGGCGUUACGGCUACACAAUACAGGCUUUAACAUGAAAAGUAUACAUAUCUCAUUUUUAAAAUUAGCCAUGAACUUUCGAAAUAUCACAUCUAAGUAAACCCUCAACCAAAACUCCAACCAUAGAAUACUGUAC